CUCCGUACCCCUAACCCAGCUGGACUUCCGAGUCGUCGCUGCCGGUCGGACUCCCGAUAUACGGUGUAACUCACCAAGAAAGAGAGAGAGACAGAGAAGACGAGAGGGAGCUGCCAAGUUCCCCUGCCCUGCCUAAGGCCGCCUAGUGUGGGCUCCUCAGGCAUCUCCUCCCGCACGUCCACUCAUCCUCGCUUUCUCUGCCCGUCAUUCACACCCAUCGGAACUUCCAUCCUGUGCCACGAAGCAACAUCCUCUUCAUUGCCAUCGGUCUCUGCUCUUCCGCUGCCAGAAUCCGUCGCUUUGUUGCACGUCUCACGAUUGUUUCCAUCAUUAUUGGCUCCAUCUACUCCUCUACUUUUGUUACAAAUAAUAAAAAUUUGUCGCUCGCCCUCAGAUCAAAUGAUCGCGUCUCCUAGAUGACCUUCCCUCCCCCUCCUCCUUCCUCCCAAUCGUCGAUUGCUUCUGGCACCGAUAAGUCCUCUUCGACCAGGCCGGCAAGGUCACAGCAAUCUCCUUGGGGUCCGUCCGUGUCCCAGUCCAGUGUUCGGCGUGGGUUGACUCCACUUGCGACCAACAACCUCUCAUCGCUCGCUUCAGCUUCUCGGGGGCCACCACAGUCCAGUAGCCCUGGGCCAGGCGGUUCGACCGCGUCUCCUCUCACCUCCUCCUUCUCCGCCGUUCUGAGUUCUGCUCGGAGCCAUCCUGUUGGUCGAAACGUGCCCUCGCCAGCCUCCACACCCUCACCAUUCGCCUCAUUCCAAUCUGGCUCGCAACAGCACCAGCAACCCGGACAGUCUCUCUCCUCACCCAAAUUUAGAGCUCAUACCCCGUCGUCAGGGUCACAUCUGGCUUCCGCAGCGGGUUCUGUCGCGGGUGGUGGAGGCUCCGGGGGAGGCGGAGGUGGGACGGGAUCUUCCAGAGGCGCCACCUUCUCUCCGUUGUUGUCCGGUACAACCGUGAACUCACCUACGGGCUUUCCCUCUGACAAGCCGGGCUCAGCAGCUUCAGGUUCUGCUGCUCACGCGAGCCAGUCGUCGUUGACGAAGAUAUCCAUCGCACAGGUUUUCCUGCUUCUAGAUUCCAUUACAGAGAAAGAAGGCAGAGAAAAGUGGGAGACGAAAGCUGCUCAGAUUCACAAGCUCGUUGAGUCCAACGGAAUGGAGGUCUUUUCGAAAUACUUUCGUCGCUUGCUUACGGGCAAUGCCCCGCAGAUCUUUCCUGGGGUCAACAAGUCUGUGGAAAAUGCUGGCAAUUACCCUCUCCUAGUUCAAGAGAUGCAGAAGGUGUCCCAGGAUAUAGAGCAGGCCCAGAAGAUCGCAGAGACCGUGGAUACUUCGGAGGGCGAUAUCUUCCGCGAUUUUGAUCUCUCUACCUUCCUGGACCAUUUCAAGCUUGACCCCCUUGUGAAGGUUUCUCUCGCUCUGGCUUUCAAAACGGCCAAUAAGUCAGACCUACGCGCCAAAGCUGAUGCGAUCCUUUCGAACACUAUAAAUCCGUUUCUGCAAAGCCUUGCAACACCAUCCGACGUCACUAAAGAGUACAAGAACUCCUUCAUCGGCAUGACGAUCGAACGUUUCAUACUGUAUCCGCCUAGAAACUUCACAGACGAUGUGAAGGGCAAGCUGGUGUAUGCGGCUAACUUACGGUAUCAGAAGUUGGGCGUGGACAUGCCAUUUGAGAUUGCGUCUGCCCUACAAAUGUUCAAUUUCAUCAACCCCAGAUACACCCUUGUCCGCCAACUUCACUCGAGAGGCCCGAAAGCAACGUCGAACCCCGACGCGGUAGCUGAGACAAUCAACGCGACAGGCUCUGAGUGUUGGAGUGAAGAACAUGUUGCCAGUGCGCUACUCUUCCUGGUGCUCUCGCAAUACUGGCGUGAAUUCUCGUUGCACACUUUCCUCGGGGCCGUGCAGGCGCACUAUGGCGAGAAGCGAAUCAGUUGGCCCCUCGUGUUCCGCAAUUUUGACCGUGAGGGCCUGAGGUUAGAUGCUCGGCAAUUUGCAAAGCUGUACGCAGUCUUGUCCGCUGCGGCUGCGGAUGACUCCAGCCUAGAUGUUCAGAAGCUUUGGGGUGGCGAUUGGGAGCAUCGCGAUACGCAGAUGUCCUUCCUGACAGCCUUUGUUGCCUCCAGAACGGAUGUGUCGCAGAUACCCAACCUUCGCGCUACCUUCCCUUCGGAUUUCUUCGCCGACGGGCCUGAGCUCGUUCGACUGCAGGGUGAGCGUGCCGCAAAGUCGCCUCUCCGGUCACUGGAUGCCAUGAGAGCUAUAUUUGAUCUGGCUUUGUUUUCCCAGGCAGCCUGGGCCGCCGCUGAGAGCCAGCUACUGAUCAAGGCUGUCGUACAGUAUGAUCUACCCGUUUUCCUGUGCUCGGCUCUAUCUCUCCCUCAGCCGUGGACCAGUGUUCAGCAGAGCUUUGUUCUACGCACCUUGAUCGUCUUCAUCCUUAAACAAGAAGAGGGAUAUCAUUUGGCGUUGCAUGGGGCGUGGCACCAAGAUCGGCAGUGGGUAGCGGAGCAGCUUUUCACGACUUUCACCCAGGAUCCGACUUCUACAGCUGCCAUCUAUGAGCAUGCUGUUGAGUUCAGUUGGUUGGAGUAUCUCCUCGGAUAUACAAAUGGCCUUGCCAUGGAUCUUGCAUGCUACGCCCAUCGUAAAGGACCUUUCGACUUGGAGCAAUGGGUUCGCAAUGCUGCACAGAAAGGUCCCAUGGACAUGGGAAGCUUACUAUCCAAAUUCCUAAGGAUUAAGGCGGAAGAUGAGCUUCACGUGCAAAGGAAAGAACAGCCCGCUCCCCAGAUGGUCAGCCUUUCGGUCAAGACGGUCUACACUUUACUCUCGGUGCUGGAGGAAUACGUCGGUGAUCGUGAGAAUCUCACCCCUGUGCAACGGAUAUGCAUCCAGACCUAUCCACGACUCAUCAACUACGGUGAAGGUUUCGACGACAUAAUCGACGCCAACGGCGAGAACGGAAACGCGCUGCCUGAGGCUGUGGACAAGCAAAUGCAGGAACUCUUUGGCAAGAUGUAUCACGAAGAAUUGUCAUUGAGAGAGAUCCUCGAGUUGAUGAGAAGAUACAAGUCUUCUCGCGAACCAGCCGAACAGGACCUCUUCGCUUGCAUGGUCCACGGGCUUAUCGAUGAAUACCAUUGUUACCAUGAAUAUCCAUUGGAAGCGUUGACUAAAACAGCUGUCAUGUUUGGUGGUAUCAUCAACUUCCGGCUUGUGGAUGGCAUCACUCUAAAGGUCGGCCUGGGUAUGAUUCUGGAGGCAGUGCGUGAUCAUGAAAUUCAUGAUCCAAUGUACAAAUUCGGUGUCGAAGCGAUUGAGCAGUUGAUUAACCGUCUUCCUGAGUGGGCUGGGUUUUGCCAUCUGCUCUUGCAGAUCCCGACAUUGCAAGGCACAACAAUCUACCAGAAGGCGGAGGACGUUUUACGUGAGCAAGGAAGUCAAGUCAGAGAUGAGGCUGGAAGGGUGGACAGUGUUCCUGGCGCUGCCGUGAACGGGAACGUUGACGAAACCACCACUACAGAUGGGUCAACUCGUAAAUUCAUUUCCGUUCAUGUUGAUUCGCCUAUCCGGCCUGAAGUCUAUCGCGAACCUGAUGAAGAUGUCCAAGACAAGAUCCUCUUCGUGUUGAACAACGUGUCUGAACAGAACAUUGAUGAAAAGCUCCGUGACCUCACUGAUGUUCUUCGCGAUCAACAUCAUCAGUGGUUCGCUUCCUAUCUUGUGGAAGAGCGUGCGAAACUUCAGCCGAACUUCCAACAGCUUUAUCUUGACCUCCUUGACCGCAUUAACGACAAGUUGUUGUGGGCAGAAGUCCUCAGAGAAACCUACGCCAGUGUAUCUAAGCUCCUCAACUCUGAGGCGACGAUUAACUCAUCCACCGAGCGAGGUCAUCUUAAGAACCUCGGUGCGUGGCUUGGCUCCUUGACCAUAGCCAAGGACAAGCCUAUCAAGCAUAAGAACGUCUACUUCAGGGGGCUUCUCUUGGAGGGAUUCGACAGCCAGCGGUUGACGAUCGUGAUUCCUUUCACUUGCAAAGUUCUUGUCCAGGCUACCAAGUCUACAGUGUUCAAUCCUCCGAACCCUUGGCUGAUGGAUAUUCUUGCGUUGUUAAUGGAAUUUUACCAUUUCGCGGAACUCAAGUUGAACUUGAAGUUCGAGAUUGAAGUUCUGUGCAAGGAUCUCGAUCUUGAUCACAAGACUAUUGAGCCUUCUGUUAUGAUUCGAGACCGUUCUGCACAUAUUGAGGAUGCGCUGUCUACGGCCAACAUCCCUGACGGUCUCGAAGCAUUCGAAGACAUGGCUCUCACAAGCAUCAAUCAGAGAAUCCCCCAUGAAAGACUAUCGCCUGCUGCCAUCAUGUCGACACUCCCGAGCCUGGACAAGAUUCUUGUUCUUCCGUCGUCUGCAAGCAGCAUGGUUGACCCCAAUGUUCUUCGGCAAAUAGUGCACAGCGCCGUCGAGCGUGCCAUUGCAGAGAUCAUCACACCCGUUGUGGAACGCUCUGUGACAAUUGCCUCUAUUUCUACCGUCCAACUGGUCUCGAAAGAUUUUGCAAUGGAACCCGAUGAGGAAAGAGUGCGGCAUGCAGCCGGCAUAAUGGUCAGACAACUUGCUGGUAGCCUGGCCCUUGUAACGUGCAAGGAGCCUCUUAAGGUGAGCAUGACCAACUACAUCCGGAUGAUCCAGCAGGAGUAUUCCGACCAGCCAAUGCCGGAGGGGUUGAUCCUCAUGUGCGUUAAUGACAAUCUUGACGCUGCUUGCGGUAUCGUUGAGAAGGCUGCGGAGGAAAAGUCACUUCCUGAGAUUGAGAAAGUCAUUGAGCCCCAAUUGGAAGCUCGCCGGCGUCACCGGGUGGCUCGACCAAAUGAGCCUUUCAUUGACCCUUCCAUGAAUCGCUGGGGCCUUUUCAUCCCCGAGCCCUAUCGGCAAGCUGCGGGAGGGUUGAACAAGGAGCAACUGGCUAUUUAUGAGGAAUUUGCUCGUCAGGCCCGAGGCCCGGCCGCGGCUCACGUUCAAAAUGUGUCCACCGAUUCCGGUCGACAGCUUCCAGAUGUCCUCCAGGAACCGUACUCGCCGAUUCCUAAUCUUUCUACUCCUGCCGAGCAGCCGGCUGUUCCCCACAGGACCCCACAAGCCCAGCAAGAUGCUCGGUUACAGCAAUCUGGUCUUGUGGGCGCACAGUCUCAGCUCAACGGGUUCCUCGAGGCCCAGAGCCCGCGUGAGAAGGUGGAAAGCAUUGUUUCUGAGCUACAGCAGGCCGCUCGAAGCGCCCCUGAGGAACGUAUCCGAGACCUUGGCAGGGAGAGUGCUGUUCUACAGGAGUACAACCAGGCACUGCGCACUAUCCUUGCCUCUCCCAACGGUGAAGAACUCGCUAGGUUGACAUGCCUCAGAAUUUGCACCACGCUGUAUUCGCAGACCCUCGGCACACUGGAGGUUGAGGUUCUUGUGCACUUGCUCGCAAAAUUGUGCGAUAUGUCGACCCUCGUCGCUCGUUAUACUUGGGCAGUUCUUUCUGAAGUUGAUGAUGAGCACAUGUUCAACGUACCGGUUACAGUUGCACUCAUUGAUGCCGGCCUAAUGGAUAUUCGCCGCGUUGACAUGAUUCUCACGCGCCUCAUCCUUCAAAAGAACACUGCGUCUCUGGAGGUCCUUUCGAACUUGAUGGACCGUGUUCUAUUCAGCGAAGAACCUUCUGCACUGAGGUCUGAUUUCUCGGGCAGCCUUGAGGCCAUGAGCCAAUGGCUAGCGGAAGAUUCGGAUGUUACCGUUGCCAACGACAUCAUCCGCAAGCUGCGUGAAUCUGGCAUCCCCGAGGUGGUCAACCCACUUCUCAGUGACAAAGCCAGGUCUAAGCGGGAUCAGAUGGAGUAUAUCUUCAGCGAGUGGAUUGGAAUCUACAAGGCUCCUGGUGCCAUUGACCGCACUUAUUACUCGUUCCUCAAGGAUCUGCACCAGCGACAGGUCAUGGACAAUCAAGAAGACUCGGCGCUCUUCUUCCGCCUCAGCAUUGACAUUUCGGUUGCAAUGUUCGAUCACGAGUCGCAGAACCCCGGUGGCAGUCUCGACGAAGCGUUCCUCUAUAUCGACGCUCUUGGCAAACUAGUGGUUUUACUUGUCAAAUUCCAAGGCGAAUCGACGGGAGCUGCGAAGACAGGCAAAGCGGCCUUCUUCAAUUCCAUUCUCUCCCUCCUUGUACUUGUCUUGAACCAUCACCACGUCAUGAGGGGCGAGGCCUUCAAUCAGCGCGUCUUCUUCAGGCUGUUCUCGAGCAUCCUUUGUGAAUACUCCAUGAACGGACUCCAGCGUAGCGAUCAACAUCAGGACAUGAUGUUCGCCUUUGCUAACAAGUUCCUCUCUCUGCAGCCCAAGUACUGUCCUGGAUUUGUUUACGGAUGGCUGUCUUUGGUGUCUCACAGAUUCUUCAUGUCUGGUAUGCUGAAUAUGCCUGACCGGGCCGGCUGGGGACCGUACUGUGAGAUCAUGCAGGCUUUGCUUUCUUACAUCGGCGAGCAGCUCAAGCCAGCCUCUAUUUCUUAUGUUGCCAAGGACCUGUACAAGGGUGUUCUUCGCAUCUUGCUGAUCUUGCAUCAUGACUUCCCCGAGUUCGUGGCGGAGAAUCAUUUCCAGUUCUGCAAUGUCAUCCCCGCCCAUUGCGCUCAGCUUCGAAACCUCGUUCUGAGUGCGUAUCCAUCGUCCUUCCAUAAACUUCCAGACCCCUUCAGAGAGGGUCUCAAGGUCGAACGUUUGGAAGAAAUGCGGGAAGCCCCUAGAAUUGCCGGCGAUACUGCUGGUCCGUUGGAGCAGGCCAACAUCAAGGGGGUCGUCGACAGCUCGUUGCAGAGCAGCAGCGCCUCGGAAACGGUCAUUCAACAGAUCUGCGAAGCCGUCUACAAUCCCCUCACUAAGGAAACCGGCCUUUUCUACACCCCGAUCAAUGUCAACGUGGUCCUUCUGAACGCACUUGUCCUUUACGUCGGCCAGAGUGCUGUUUCCGCCAAUGCGUCCAAGGGCAACAUUCGCGCGGCCUUUGACAAUUCGCCUCACUCGGCUCUUCUGGAGAAGCUAGCGAAGGCACUGAGGCCUGAGGCGCGCUACUAUCUGCUGAGCGCGAUGGCCAAUCAGCUCCGUUACCCGAACAGCCACACGUACUUUUUCAGCUUUGCCAUCACUCGUCUUUUCGGCACGGAUUACUCGGAGCAGGAUGAGUCCGAUAUCCGCCAGCAGAUCAUCCGGGUGCUUCUCGAGAGACUUAUUGUCCACCGUCCUCAUCCUUGGGGUCUAAUCAUUACGCUGCAGGAGCUGCUUCAAAACCGGAGCUACACUUUCUUCCGUCUCCCGUUUAUUCAGGCUGCGCCUGAGAUCGGACGUCUGUUUGAUGCUCUCCUGCAGCACAUUCAGCAGCAAAGCCCGCGGGCAAUGCCCUGAGCGCUCCCCGAGAUAUACUCUCUCCUAUUUUCUCCGCAUUAUAUUAAUACGAAGUAUUUGAUCAUGUCUCAAUGCCUUGCAUCCUGCCGAGUUGACCGACUGUGAUGGUGAUCUGUCGCUGCCGCUCAUGACCAUGCAGCGCGAAAAUACGGGUCUUAACCGGGGUGUAUGAUUUGAAGGGGUUCUUUCCUAGUUUUAUUUUCCUAUCUUCCGUUGGCAUGCUGUACUGUUCCACGUCAUUUCUCAUUGUUUCGGUUGGGUUUCUGGGAGGGGUAUGCAUAUUAGGACGUGUCAGCAUGGUCCAUCGCUACAUGGUGCUUAUAUCUUGUUCCUUUUUGCCUGUCUCUUACGCUUCAUGUUGGUGUUUUUCCAUUCCACCUACCUUGCCGGUAGUCUGUAACGAUAAGCUGAGCUAUAAAAAGACGAGUCCAUGAG